UCACAUGACGGGGAGGGGCGAGGGCGGCCCCGCCAAUCGCGAGCUGGUUUGCUGGGGUCGGAGGGUCGUCAUUGGACAUUGGCAGCUGGCGAGCCCGCCUCGGCUACCUGUUGCUAAGGGCGCUGUAGACCUGCAGCGUCCCGCGCGGGGAAGGCUCGUCUCGCGAGAGCUCAGCUCCCUGCUUGGUCGUAGCUGCGGCGGCUGCUGGAGGACCGAUAUGGACGCUCUUGAGGACUACGUUUGGCCGCGGGCAACCUCGGAGCUCAUACUCCUCCCGGUCACGGGUCUGGAGUGCGUGGGGGAACGGCUGCUGGCGGGUGAGGGGCCGGAUGCCCUGGUGUACAGCUUGGAUUUUGGUGGGCAUCUGCGGAUGGUGAAGCGAGUGCAGAACCUGCUUGGCCACUAUCUUAUCCAUGGGUUCCGGGUGCGACCAGAACCCAAAGGAGACCUUGACUCAGAGGCCAUGGUAGCUGUGUUUGGGAGCAAGGGACUCCGAAUUGUGAAAAUUAGCUGGGGACAGGGCCGCUUCCGGGAGCUCUGGCGCUCUGGCCUGUGGAACAUGUCUGACUGGAUCUGGGAUGCACGUUGGCUUGAGGGGAACAUGGCCUUGGCCCUCGGCCACAACUCAGUGGUGUUAUAUGACCCCAUAAUAGGGUGCCUCUUGCAGGAUGUUCCCUGCACAGACAGGUGCACCCUCUCCUCAGCCUGUUUGAUUGGAGACACCUGGAAGGAGCUGACCAUAGUGGCAGGUGCCAUUUCCAACCAGCUCCUGGUCUGGUACCCAGCAGCUGCUUUAAUAGACAAUAAGCCUGUGGCCCCUGACCGACGGGUCAGUGGGCAUGUGGGUGUCAUCUUCAGCAUGUCGUACCUGGAAAGCAAGGGCUUGUUGGCUACAGCUUCAGAAGACCGAAGUGUUCGCAUCUGGAAGGUGGGCGACCUGCGGGUGCCUGGGGGUCGGGUGCAGAAUAUUGGGCACUGCUUUGGGCACAGCGCCCGUGUCUGGCAGGUCAAGCUGCUAGAGAAUUACCUGAUCAGUGCAGGAGAGGACUGUGUCUGCUUGGUAUGGAGCCACGAAGGUGAGAUUCUCCAUGCAUUUCGGGGCCACCAGGGCCGUGGGAUCCGGGCCAUAGCUGCCCAUGAGAGGCAGGCCUGGGUGAUCACCGGGGGUGAUGACUCAGGCAUCCGGCUAUGGCACCUGGUAGGGCGUGAGCACCCAGGUUCGGGGGUCUCAGCUCUCUGCUUCAAGUCCCCUAGCAGGCCAGGUGCCCUCAAGGCUGUGACGCUGGCUGGCUCAUGGAGAGUACUGGCAGUGACUGAUACAGGGGCCCUGUACCUCUAUGACCUCGAGGUCAAGUGCUGGGAGCAACUGCUGGAGGACAAGCGUUUCCAGUCCUACUGUCUUCUGGAGGCAGCCCCUGGUCCUGAGGGCUUCGGACUGUGUGCCAUGGCCAAUGGGGAGGGUUGUGUCAAGGUUGUCCUCAUUAAUACUCCAACCGCAGCCGUGGACCUGACCCUGUUCCAGGGCAAGGUGCACAGCGUGAGCUGGGCCCUGCGUGGCUAUGAGGAGCUCCUGUUGCUGGCAUCGGGCCCUGGCGGUGUGGUGGCUUGCCUAGAAAUCACAGCUGCACCUUCUGGCAAAGCCAUCUUUGUCAAGGAACGUUGCCGGUACCUGCUGCCUCCAAGCAAGCAUAGAUGGCACACAUGCAGUGCCUUCCUGCCCCCGGGUGACUUCCUGGUGUGUGGAGACCGGCGGGGCUCUGUAUUGCUUUUCCCCUCCAGACCAGCUUUGCUCGAUGAUCUUGGGAUUGCAGGCAAGGCUGGGGCCAGUACUGGAGCACCUGGAGUGGAUAGUGACAGUGGUGGGGGUGAGCCCGCCUUGGCUGAGUGGGGCCCUGUAUCCAUCCUCCCUUCUCUGCAUGGGAAGCAGGGUGUGACCUCCGUCUCCUGUCAUGGCGGCUAUGUGUAUACCACAGGGCGUGAUGGUGCCUACUACCAGCUCUUUGUGCGAGGCGGCCAACUCAUUCCAGUCUUAAGGCAGAAGUCCUGUCGAGGCAUGAACUGGGUGGCUGGGCUCCGCAUGGUUGCUGAUGGGAACAUGGUCAUCCUGGGUUUCCAUGCCAAUGAGUUUGUGGUGUGGAGCCCCCGGUCACACGAGAAGCUGCAUGUCGUCACCUGUGGUGGAGGGCAUCGCUCCUGGGCCUUCUCUGAUACCGAGGCAGCUAUGGCCUUUGCCUACCUCAAGGAUGGGGAUGUCAUGUUGUACCGGGCUUUGGGUGGCUGCACCCGGCCACAUGUGAUUCUCCGGGAGAGCCUGCAUGGCCGUGAGAUCACGUGUGUAAAGCAUGUGGGCACCAUCACCCUGGGGCCUGAAUUUGAGCUGCCCAGCUUCAUGCAGCCUGACCACCUGGAGCCUGGCAGCGAGGGGCCCAGCCUGAUUGAUAUUGUGAUCACAUGCAGUGAGGAUACGACCAUCUGUGUCCUGGCACUCCCCACAGCUACGGGCUCAGCCCAUGCACUUACAGCUGUUUGUAACCAUAUCUCCUCGGUGCGUGCAGUGGCUGUGUGGGGUGUUAGCACCCCAGGUGGCUCUGAGGAUUCUCCACCAGGCCUGACUGCCCAUGUGGUGUCUGCGGGGGGCCGGGCUGAGAUGCACUGCUUCAACAUCAUGGUCACCCUGGACCCCAGUGCCCCAAGCCGCCUCGCCUGCCACGUUAUGCACCUUUCAUCUCACCGGCUAGAUGAGUACUGGGACCGUCAGCGCAAUCGGCACCGAAUGGUCAAGGUGGACCCAGAGACCAGGUACAUGUGCCUAGCUGUGUGUGAGCUUGACCCACCUGGCCUUGGCCCCCUUGUGGCUGCAGCCUGUAGUGAUGGGGCAGUGAGGCUCUUUCUUUUGCAGGACUCUGGGCGGCGGCUGCAGCUCCUGGCUGAAACCUUCUACCACAAGCGGUGUGUCCUCAAGGUCCAUUCCUUCACCCACGAGGCACCCAACCAACAGCGGAGACUGUAUCUGUGCAGUGCAGCCACCGAUGGCAGCUUGGCCUUCUGGGAUCUCACCACUGUGCUGGACCAUGGCUCCAUUGCCCUGGAGCCCCCAGCAGACCCUGGGCUUCCCUAUGAGCUGGGAACCCCCUGCCUGACCGUCCAGGCCCACAGCUGUGGUGUCAAUAGCCUGCAUACCUUGCCCACACGUGAGGGCUAUCUCAUAGCAAGUGGCAGUGAGGAUGGCUCCCUCCAUGUCUUUGUGCUUGCUGUGGAGCUGCCAGAGCUGGAAGAGGCUGUGGGGGGUGCUGAGCCGGUGCCCCAGCUGCAUGUGCUAGAGGAAUACUCUGUCCCCUGUGCACAUGCUGCCCACGUGACAGGCCUCCAGAUUCUAAGCCCCAGCCUUAUGGUCUCAGCCUCCAUCGAUCAGCGGCUAACCUUCUGGCGUCUAGGACAUGGUGAACCCACCUUCAUAAACAGUACCGUGUACCACGUACCAGACGUGGCAGACAUGGACUGCUGGCCUGUGAGCCCCGAGUUUGGUCACCGCUGUGCUCUUGGGGGCCAGGGACUCGAGGUUUUCAACUGGUAUGACUGAGGUGUCCCACGGUGGCCGGCAUGCGGGGUAUGGGGCCUGCUCACAGACAGAGAUGAGCAGGAGUGACUGACUGUGCCCAUGCCCAGUGUGCCUUGAGGGGAGGAAGAGGCAUCCGUGGGUUCCUGACUUCAGAGCAGGCGUUGGAGGUGAGUAGAGUGCUCCUGGGUAGACCAAGGAUAUGCCCCCACUUCUCACAACAGAACAAAGCUUUGUAACAAUUUAUUUUGGCUUCAGGCCUCUAACAAAAUCUGUGGUUUUUUGUUCAGUUGAUGACUUUGUGAACAUUCCCAGAUACUGGAACCUCUGUGGCCUUAGAUGUAGCUCAGUGGAGGGAGACCCAGCAUGGCCAGGCCAGUGUGGAGCACUUCACGCACAGCCCGUAGAAGCUGCAGACGGGCAAACAUUUGACCAAACAGAUGUGGUCGAGGCUCCUGGAGGAGAGAAGGGGCCUGCUGGUUUUGUCCUUUGCUUCCUUCCCCUGCACCUCCCACACACCCCCUUUUGCUGUGCUUACCCCUAGGAUGUGUACCCGAUUAUAGUAGGAGCUGAAAUCCAUGCUGAGCUGUACCAGGAACUUGCACACCUAGACAGAGAUAGAGGCAGAGUCACUGGCCUGUCUCUUUGCUCUUGUAUCCCAGACCAGAAUAAAGUGUGUGAGUGUC